CGUUGAUUGUGGCCCGUGUAGCAUCAGGAACGUUUGUUUUCGGUUCCCCCUCACGAAGAUGGACUGGACCGAGAGCAGCACCGAUCACGGCCACAUGCGUGACGGCUGUCACCACGGACAUGCGGGUCACUCUCACAGCCACGGGCCGAGAGCGGCGGCCGGCAGCAUGCCUCAUCCCUUUGCGCCGGCUUUUCAAGGGCCGUUUGGCAAGAGCGCAGAUCAGACGAUGGACCUCACUCAGCAGCCGAAGAAACGCUCGCACAUGGACGACAGCGCCAGCUGGGACAUCGUGAAGGCAACACAACUGAAGAUGAGUGGUUAUGAGGAGGAAGAGGAGGACAGAGCAGAGUCUCCAGUGUUCAGCUGUGUGUCUCUGAAGAGUGACUGGUCCAUGGGACAUCCUCCACACUUCAGUAAUGAACCUGGACCCUCACACAAAAAGGUCAGGACCACAGACUGAGAACAGAGUCUCAGUGUUCAGCUGUGUGUCUCUGAA